AUGAGCCAAAUCUCUGUAUCUUCUUCAUUGGCACCCUUCACUUCUUCUCUUUCCUUCAUUUCUCUUCGUUCUUUUUCUCGCUCUUCCCCUUUAUUUUACUCCAAACCUCGUUUCUCCUACUCAUUACUCCGACUUAGAGUUCGUUCCAGUACAAGAACAAUGGCAUCUCACAUUGUUGGGUAUCCCCGUAUGGGGCCUAAGAGAGAAUUGAAAUUUGCAUUGGAAUCCUUUUGGGAUGGGAAGAUCAAUGCUGAGGAAUUGCAAAAUGUUGCACGUAGUUUGAGGACGUCAAUUUGGAAAGAGAUGGCUGAUGCUGGGAUUAAGUAUAUUCCGAGUAACACCUUCUCAUACUAUGAUCAAGUAUUGGACGCUACCGCGAUGCUUGGUGCCGUUCCCCCAAGAUACGGAUGGAAUGGUGGAGAGAUUGGGUUUGAUGUUUACUUUUCGAUGGCUAGGGGUAAUGCCACUGUCCCUGCUAUGGAGAUGACUAAGUGGUUCGACACCAACUACCACUACAUUGUCCCUGAAUUGGGUCCUGACAUGCAGUUUACAUAUUCCUCACACAAGGCAGUGGAUGAGUAUAAGGAGGCCAAGGCUCUUGGAGUUGAGACUGUACCAGUGAUAGUUGGCCCAGUGUCUUACCUAUUGUCAUCAAAGCCAGCUAAGGGAAUUGAGAAGUCUUUCCCUCUUCUUUCUUUACUUGAAAAAAUUCUUCCCGUCUAUAAGGAAGUGAUUACUGAACUUAAGGCUGCUGGUGCAUCCUGGAUUCAGUUUGAUGAACCCAAACUCGUCAUGGAUCUUGAUGCUCAUCAAUUGCAAGCCUUCACACACGCCUACUCAGAGCUAGAGUCUUCUUUAUCAGGCUUAAAUGUUCUCAUUGAAACCUACUUUGCUGAUGUUUCAGCAGAGGCCUACAAAACUCUCACCUCAUUGAAGGGUGUAACUGCUUUUGGAUUUGAUCUUGUUCGUGGCACAAAGACCCUUGAAUUGGUCAAGGGUGGAUUUCCUUCCGGAAAGUAUCUUUUUGCUGGAGUUGUGGAUGGGAGAAACAUUUGGGCUAAUGACCUUGCAGGUUCUCUUAGCAACUUGCAGGCUCUUGAGGGCAUUGUUGGAAAAGAUAAGCUUGUUGUAUCUACCUCAUGCUCUCUCCUUCACACUGCCGUUGAUUUGGUGAAUGAAACUAAGUUAGAUUCAGAGAUCAAGUCAUGGCUUGCAUUUGCUGCUCAGAAAAUUGUUGAGGUGAAUGCCUUGGCGAAGGCAUUGUCUGGUGAGAAAAAUGAGGCUUAUUUUUCAGCAAAUUCUGCUGCUCAAGCUUCAAGAAAAUCUUCCCCUAGAGUCACUAAUGAGGCAGUGCAGAAGGCAGCUGCUGCCUUGAGGGGAUCUGAUCAUCGUCGUGCCACAAAUGUGAGCGCCAGGUUGGAGGCUCAACAGAAGAAGUUAAACCUUCCACUCCUACCUACCACCACAAUUGGCUCUUUCCCUCAAACCAUGGAUCUCAGAAGAGUCCGCCGUGAAUUCAAGGCUAACAAGAUCUCUGAGGAAGAGUAUGUGAAGGCUAUAAAGGAAGAGAUUAGAAAGGUUGUCGAACUCCAAGAGGAGCUUGACAUAGAUGUUUUGGUCCAUGGAGAACCAGAGAGGAAUGACAUGGUUGAGUACUUUGGGGAACAACUAUCUGGCUUCGCUUUCACUGUUAACGGAUGGGUCCAAUCUUAUGGGUCUCGAUGUGUCAAGCCCCCCAUCAUUUAUGGUGAUGUGAGCCGUCCGAAUCCCAUGACUGUCUUCUGGUCCACAAUGGCCCAGAGCAUGACAAAACGGCCCAUGAAGGGAAUGCUCACUGGCCCUGUUACAAUUUUGAACUGGUCUUUUGUCCGAAAUGAUCAGCCUAGGUUUGAGACUUGCUAUCAGAUUGCCUUGGCCAUCAAGGAUGAGGUUGAGGAUCUUGAGAAGUCUGGAAUUAAUGUCAUCCAGAUUGACGAAGCUGCUUUAAGAGAGGGUUUGCCUUUGAGGAAGUCUGAGCAGCCUUUCUACUUGGAUUGGGCUGUCCACUCAUUUAGGAUUACCAAUUGUGGGGUUCAAGACACAACUCAGAUUCAUACCCACAUGUGCUACUCGAAUUUCAACGACAUCAUCCACUCUAUUAUCAACAUGGACGCUGAUGUGAUCACCAUCGAGAACUCUAGAUCAGAUGAGAAACUCCUUUCUGUGUUCCGUGAGGGUGUCAAAUAUGGUGCUGGCAUUGGCCCAGGUGUUUACGACAUCCACUCCCCAAGAAUCCCGUCUACAGAAGAAAUUGUGGAUCGUGUCUCCAAAAUGCUUGCUGUCCUUGAAUCUCACGUUCUUUGGGUUAACCCUGACUGUGGUCUGAAGACAAGGAAGUAUGCUGAAGUCAAGCCAGCCCUUAGCAACAUGGUUGCUGCUGCCAAGGCUGUUCGCACUCAGCUUGCCAGCAGUAAGUGAGUCAACAUCGUCCCUACUAAUUGAGAAAAUAAAACAUGAACGGAAAGAAUGAAGGUUUUCACUGUAUCAACUGAGAUCAGUUUACUUGUUAUUUGCUAUCUUUUUAAUGUUACCUUAUUCUUUUUUUUUCUCUCUCUUUCUUUUCUUUUGAUCACUUGAGGGCACCUCAUGAGCUGUUCAAAUUUGUGAGCACGAGUUUAUAAAUACAAAUAUUUCAGUUGUAUACUUGUAUGCUGUUUGCUCCUUGUUCUUAAUUCAUCUAUUAUUCACCCGACUGUUA